AAGUCCCGCCUCUUCUCGCGAGUGUGUUUGUGACGGACUGCUUUCUACUCUGGCGUGGGCAGACCAAAGUUUAUCCGUUUAGACGACCUUUCUUCUCCUCACACAACUACACAACUUCCCAAAGACAAUGAACAGUUUAAUGAGAUAUACUGCUCGGUGUCUGCGGACUGGGGCGGCGGUCUGUCUCCCAAGACAAGCGGACGGACGCGUGUCGGUGGCCUCGGCCCGGCUCCUGUGUGCGGCGGCGGAUCUCCAGAAGGACCUUGGUGAGAUGGUGAAGAAGGACAAAGUAGUGGUGUUUAUGAAAGGGACUCCCGCCCAGCCCAUGUGCGGUUUCAGCAAUGCCGUGGUCCAGAUUCUCCGGAUGCACGGGGUGGACGACUAUGCUGCCUACAACGUGUUAGAUGACCAGGACCUCAGGCAAGGAGUCAAGGUCUUCUCCAACUGGCCCACAAUCCCUCAGGUCUACUUCAAUGGCGAGUUUGUGGGAGGCUGCGACAUCCUGCUCCAGAUGCACCAGAACGGAGACCUGGUGGAGGAGCUGAAGAAGCUGGGCAUCCACUCUGCUCUGCAGAACGCCGAGAAAGAAUCCAAGUAAAGAACGGGUGUAAACGUCAGACAGCAGGCAAGACGGAGGACACAAUUUUUUUUUCAGGUCGAACCCCACCCCACACGCUGAAGACCGCUGAUAAAUCUCUAGGCAGCUAGUAUGUGAGAACGAGGCACAGCAAGAGUGCAGCUGUCUGACAGUAGAGGGUUUUAAUGAAGAGAGGAAAGAAAUAGUGGCUAGUGUUUUCACAGGGUUAGAAAAAAAUCUGCUACAUUUCUCAUUAAAGCUCCAUAAAGCAUUUUUUUGCAACCUGUGGUGAACAGUCUGUAUAGACGGCACUGAUAUUUUAUCAUGUAGCAUCUAAUUGGUUUACCUACUAAAAUCGACUGAGUGCUUUGAGGAAGAAUCUGAACAUUGCUAGCUAAGCUAUGGGUCUGAAAACCAAAACAACGAGCUGAAAGACGCUUAAAGAAACACCAUAGGGCUGAGAUAGAGUCGAGCAAUAGUUUUCUUUCACCUUUCACACGACGCAUAAUAAUUAGAUCCAUUAUUAUAAACAUAUUGAUAAAAACUUUCUCAUUUACCCCCCAAAGUCCACAUUUGGAUACUUUUCAUAUCUCCAAUCACCAAGUUCACAUAUUUAUUUUAAAAAGUAUAGUUGGGGGACAUGUAGGAACCACCACAGAUUUGGUUUCUCCCUGUGCUUUAAUUAGUUCACACUAGAAGUUUCCAUCACCCCGCCCUCUAAAAGCUCUCCUACCUCCAAUCAGUUUAAGACCAAAUGAGCCUCAGACUAACCUGACUGCACCAGGACUAUGUUAAGAUCAUUAGAACACUGCCAAGAAAUGAUGUCAUCACACUUGAAACCUUCCAAACGCGCUGCCUGUAGUGUCAGUAUACAAGAAGGAAGAACAAAGAGGGGAUGACAAUAAAGCUGCAUAACGAUAAUAAUAAUCAUCAUAAUUAAGAAGAAGUUUUGCGUAAUUUUUAGGCAGUUGAACCACAUAUGAAUUUGCUUUUCGACCAGAAGCAAAUAUACUUACAGACCACGGCUCACUGACCUCCACACAUGCACUGUCAAUGUUGCUCCGAUUGACCCCUCAUCGCCCCCUGUUGGUUCUUCCUGCCAGGAACCGCACCCUAAGCGGUGUCCCCUGUUUUUUUGCCCGCUGAAACGCAACACAUGACUGAUUUACAUCACACGUGGACUAACAGAAGCAAGUUUGUUACAUACAUCAAACCUGUGGUAUUUGUUCCCUUGUCACUUAAGGAUUACAGUGCUUUCUGUUUUUUGAGUUUUCUCCGAGUCCAAGAUGAUGUUGACCAGUCCUAGAUGCUCCUCCUGCUGCACACAGCUGUAUUAUCAAAGUAAUGAUAUGUAGUACACUGUAAGAUAUUGUACAUUGAAAGCAUAUUAUUGAAUGUAUAUUAGACGCAUGUAAACCCUGCACCAAUUAAAUAUUUUGUGACACAAGUAA